AUGCAGCAGUCCACAGCAGUGCCGCCUCCCCGUCCCAAGAACCCGCCCCCGAUCGAGGGACCCUUCUCUCGCCAGGCCGCGAGCUCGAGCGAGUCGCGCUCCUCGUUUUCGUCGCCUUCGCUGUCGGCCGUGAGCCAUCCAUCUUCAGCACGUAAUGAUGGCGUCGGGGCGGAAGAAGAAAAGAAGGAGGGACCGCGCAUGCGGGUGGCGCGGGCCUCCUACGGCGCGGGGACCGUGCUGGCCGACGUCACCGACACGCUGCAGCGCAUGGCGGACGAGGCCGGCGGGCUCACCCUCGACGCCUUUGGCUACAAGGGUCUCAGGCCCAACGGCUGCAUGAACGCCCUCUUUGGUGAUCCCGUGCCUGGCCGCGACAAGCAGCUUCUCUUCUCGUACGAGAUCCUGGGGUGCCGUCUCCAUCUCAUCACCACGCCCGAAGACAAGAAGUUGAAGUUGACGAUGGAGCACAUGUAUCGGAAGGUGAUGGGCGGCUCCCCGCCUGACGAGGCCAAGCUCGUCGCCGUCGAGAUUCUCAAGGCCACCUACGGCCGCGGCAACAACGUGCACGAUGUCACCUUGAUCCUUCGGGACAUGCUCGCCGAACAAGGAGGGCGUGGGCUGGUCGCGUUCGGGUACAAGGUGAAGCCCAAUGGGUGCAUGAACAAGGCCUUUGGCGAUCCGUGCCCGGGCGAGGACAAGACCCUGGCCAUCGAGUACCGGUGGCGGACCUCCCUGCUGGCCCACGCCGUCGACGAGGACAAGAAGCUCUCCCUCUCCUUCGAGAAGAUGCGACCACUUCUCUGA